CAGACGCAAAAUGAUAUAAAGAAUAAUUUGCCUGGAUCAUAUGUGAGCCUGAGCAGUGACCAUGAAGAGCAACCAUUGCCAGAAACAGAAGAAAAAUAACCAUCUGGAGAGGCUGUUAUAGUUCUGAAGCAAAUGAUGGAAAGCCAAGACUUUGCAGUACCUGCACUCCAAGAGAAGGCAAAUAUUAAAGAAAAGACAGAAAGCAUAUGCUAUGACAGGAAUUUCUUACUCCAAUUCAAAUCCAUCACACAGGAGCCAAAGGACUUCGCUGAGAUCUGUAAAAACCACCAAGGUAUGGUUAUUAGCCCUCACCUUCGGCCAGUGGAUCCUUCACAAUUGACUCGCAGGAAUUGUACACCUCCAUCUGCAAAUUUCUGCCACCCUGCUAAGGGUAAUCGCAGAUUGCCAUCUGGAAUGGGUCAAAUGAGGUCUCAGCAAGCUCCUGCUAAAGAAACUCAUAAAAUUAUUCAACUCAACGAGAAUGUUACACUGCAAAAAUCUGCCAAAGCUUGGAGACCUCCUAUGAAAAGGGCAAAAGAAGAACCCAGUAGAGUCAAGGCUCAAGAACUGUUUCGGAGAGCUCGCGGUAUUCUAAAUAAGAUCACUCCUCAGACAUUCCAGCACUUAAUCCAUCAGGCGAAGGACCUCUCUGUAGACACAGAGUAUCAUCUUAAAGGUGUUGCUGAACUCAUAUUUGAAAAAGCAGUAGCAGAGCCUCAUUUGCAGUGAUAUAUGCCAACAUGUGCAACUGGCUAAAGAUGCUUGAGGUCCCAACAGAAGAAAAUUGUGAAGUGUGCAUUACGUUCCGCAGGCUGCUAAUAAGGCUCUGCCAGGUGGAGUUUGAGAGAGGUGAAAAAGGUGGUGAAAGAAUUGAAGAACUGCAGAAGGAACUGGAUGCUGCUAUGUCACCUAAUGAAAAGACUCGACUGAAGGAGGAAUUGAGUGAUGCCUGUAAUAGAGCAUGCAGGCGAUCCCUAGGGAACAUCAAAUUUAUUGGAGAGCUAUUUAAAUUAAAGUUGCUGUCAGAAGACACCAUGAACGACUGUCUCAUUAAGCUACUAAAGAGGAACAACGAGGAGUCCAUGGAGUCCGUCUGCCUAUUGUUAACAUCAGUUGGAAAGUACCUUGAAAAUGGACAAUCUGGCAUGGACAAUUAUUUCAACAAGAUUAAUAUCUUCAUUACAAACAGGACAACUUCUUCUAGGAUUAGGUUUUUGGUGCAGGAUGUGUUGGAUCUGAGGAGAAAUAACUCGGUACCGCGACACCAUCCCGAGGGACCAAAAACAAUUGAUCAAAUCCACAAAGAGGCAGAACAGGAAUCCAAAAGAAAAGUGCAGUGA